AAGAAGCAGAAGCAGGUUACAGGCGGAGAGUGAGUGUCUCACAUUGAGAUUCGGUGGAAGGAAGAAGAAGGAAGGGAUUCUAGAGAGAGAGAGAAAGAGAGAAAGAGAGAAAGAGAAAGAGUGAUGUCAGACCUAGACAGGCAAAUAGAGCAGCUGAAGAAAUGUGAGCCUCUGAAGGAGUCUGAGGUGAAAGCUCUUUGUCUCAAAGCCAUGGAAAUCCUCGUCGAAGAAAGCAACGUUCAAAGGGUCGACGCCCCCGUCACCAUAUGUGGUGAUAUCCAUGGCCAGUUUUAUGACAUGAAAGAGCUUUUCAAAGUAGGAGGUGAUUGCCCCAAAACAAACUAUUUAUUUCUUGGGGAUUUUGUUGAUAGAGGAUUUUACUCAGUUGAGACCUUUCUGCUUCUGCUGGCUCUUAAGGUGAGGUAUCCAGAUCGGAUAACACUCAUCAGGGGGAACCAUGAAAGCCGUCAAAUCACACAGGUAUAUGGAUUCUACGAUGAGUGCCUUCGAAAAUAUGGUUCAGUCAAUGUUUGGAGAUAUUGUACUGAUAUAUUCGACUACUUAAGCUUGUCCGCCCUAAUUGAAAACAGGAUUUUCAGUGUUCAUGGUGGUCUUUCUCCUGCCAUUUCAACAUUGGAUCAGAUACGAACUAUUGAUCGGAAGCAGGAAGUACCUCAUGAUGGUGCUAUGUGUGACCUCCUAUGGUCAGAUCCUGAAGAUAUUGUGGAUGGAUGGGGGCUGAGUCCCCGUGGUGCUGGUUUCUUAUUUGGUGGCAGUGUUGUUACUUCUUUUAACCACUCCAAUAACAUUGACUAUAUUUGCCGUGCUCAUCAGUUGGUAAUGGAAGGAUAUAAAUGGAUGUUCAAUAACCAGAUAGUUACUGUCUGGUCAGCUCCAAAUUAUUGCUACAGAUGUGGUAAUGUAGCUGCAAUUCUGGAGUUGGAUGGGAAUCUUAAUAAGCAGUUCCGUGUGUUUGAUGCUGCUCCACAGGAAUCAAGAGGGGCACCUGCCAAGAAACCAGCGCCAGAUUACUUCCUAUGACACGGAUUUCCUUGUUUCUAUGAUCCAAAUGCUUGAAUUGAUGAAUAUGAGACUUGAAUCAAGGUGAUGAUGAAGUUGUCUGACAUGGGAGGAAUCAGUGAAGGACAAUCAUCAGUUCUGGAGGCAGGUGUUCUGCAUCCCUGUUUCUGCGUCUGCUUGCUUCAUCCAUCUCUAGUAUUAUAGCUGUGUUGGGAAAUAGUAUGUGAUUUGCAAUAUAUGGCUCUAUGUUCAUUCAGAAGCUAUGAUGGACAGAGGGUUUAGAGGGAAAAUGAGGUUUGCAUAUAUGAGAACUUGAUUAGGAAGGAUUUGAUUGGAUCAGGGAAUAUUGGGAGAACUUUCCAUAUAAUCUGUGGAAAAAACCCAAUAGUUGAGUUUUGAUUAUCCGUUUUGGCCAUAAAAGUUUAUGAUAUCUGAUUCAUGUAGUAUGUGUGUAAAUGUAUUAUUGCUCAAAUUUUGCACCUAGUGGUUGUUAGUGGAAUUUUUC